GUAUGUGAAGCGGCUGCGUCCUACAAAGGGCACUAGAUUAAUAAUUUGAGCUUGUUUGGGAUUCGGAUGCAGAAAGCGUGCCCUUCGUUUCUUCCAUCUUCGGGGUUUGUUUUAAAUGUUUGGUGUUAAACCUGUGUGACAUGUUACACCGCGAUACACUUCUCAGAAAUGGAUAUGGAAGAAGCUUUUCAGCAGGUCGGGCAGUGCGGACGACACCAGAAACGGAUAGUUGCUCUGUUGCUGCUGCUGCAGAUCUACAUGGCGUGUCAGUGCAUGCUCAUCGUCCUCAUCGGUGCUGUUCCCGAGCACCAGAUCGACGCCGUGACGCAGAGCAGAGGCGACGUCACACGAACUGUGACAUUCAACAAGGACGUCAGCUCCAUCGUGACGGAGUGGUACCUGGUCAAACAGGAUGCGUACAAAGUGGGCCUGGCAGGAUCGCUGUUUUUUGUCGGCGUGCUCGUGGGGAACGUGCUGUUCGGACCGCUGUCUGAUAAAAUCGGCAGGAAACCCGUCUUCCUCAUCAGUCUAUUCCUCGAAAUCCUCUUCGCCUACAGCAGCGCCCUGGCCCCCAGUUACGAGCUCUUCGCUCUGUCGAGGCUGAUGGUAGGGAUGAUGAACGGAGGGAUGGGGCUCGUCUGCUUCAUCCUCACACAGGAGUACGUGGGUAAAGCCUACUGGGCUCUGACAGGCACGAUAACCAGCAUGACCUUUGCAACAGGCAUCGCUCUGUUCGCUCUUCUCGGCUACUACAUCAGGUCCUGGAGAACCCUGGCUACGGCUGCUAACUCUCCCGGCGUGCUGCUCUUCCUCUUCUGCAUCACGCUGCCGGAGUCUCCACGCUGGCUGUACUCUCGGGGCCGGACGGCGCAGGCGGAGAAAGUGCUGAAGGAUUUUGCUUACCGGAAUGGGAAGGGAAGUGUGACUCUGAAGCUCCGGGUAACUCCGGGCACAACGGGCACAGAGCCCUCCAACACAGGGCUGCUGCAGCUGGUCAGACACCGUGUGCUGCGCUGCAGGACUAUCGUCCUUAUGUACGUCUGGUAUGCAUGCAGUCUGGUCUAUUAUGGGCUGAUGAUGAAUGUGAGUGAUGAUAAAGGCAGUCUGUACCUCACUGUAGCCAUGUACGGCCUGGUGGAGCUUCCCGCCUUCCCGCUGUGUAUAUACGUCAUCGAUAAGCCCUGGUCAGGGAGACGAAAAUCCUUAGCCGCUUUUCUUAUCCUUGCCGGUCUGUGCUGUCUUCUCUCUGCGGUGGUCCCUGUUCAGCCUGAUUCUGUGGUCAGUGGCAGCAAUUUUGCUCUUUUAGGGAAGCUGAUGGUCAGCGCUGCCUUCAACAUCAUCUAUGUGUACACAUCAGAACUUUACCCCACUGUUAUCAGGAACGCAGGGCUGGGUGUGUGCUCCAUGUCUUGUAGGAUUGGAGGCAUUUUGGCUCCUUUUGUACCCAGUAUGAAAGUGCUGCACGCAUCCAUGCCGUUCAUGGUGUUCUGCCUGACUGGCGUGUCAGCCGGAGCCAUGGGACUCCUCCUCCCAGAAACGCUCAACAAACCUGUAGCCGAAACCCUGGAGGAACUCUCCGUCCCCGCUUACCAGCGUAUCAUGGACACACAGGUUCAUCUGCUGGUGGAUGAGCACUUGUCGAAACGCAGAGGAUCUGAAAGCGAUUGAUUCACACUAACUCACUCUCUCUCUCACAUACACACACAUCGCCAAAUUGAUUUAUACUGUGCCAAUGUGACUCACAGAAACCGUGUAUGUGUGUGUGCGUGCACUUAGUGCCUUCUAUGAACAUAGCACCAAAUAGGCUCAGCAGUGCAUCACUGACUCACUGUUAUUUCACACCAGUAGUUUACAUUAUGGAUAUGCAUCAGAAAAUACUAUGACAUUAAUGCUACACCCUACCUGAUAUAUUUAUAAAUGCCUCAAUUGUCCGUUGUGAUGGAUGUAGAAUGAUGUCUUUGUAUAGUUGUAUAUGUUACAUAUAUCUUGGGGUUUUCUCUGGAUUAGGAGGGGGAUCAUGUAAAAAUAAAAAUAAUUUCCAAA